AUGAAAGAAGAUUGUGGGAAUGCAGUGCGGCAAUUUGUCAUCGUCUUCCAGGUCGAGCGGUGCGAAACGCUAUAUAAUUCCAGAAUUCUGUCCAGUAUCCUUCGUAAUGGCCGCAUCGCUGGCCUAAUCAAUGGAGCCCAGCGUCAUCACUCAACUGGUGCACCUCUCGCUAUUCGAUCAUUAGCCGCUCCAGUCCAUGAUAGGCAAACAAGGAAAGUCCUUCCCAGGUAUUUGCAAGGUCAGAAAAUCCGACAAUUCGCUGCUGCUAAUGCAACUGCUGGAACUGUCGAAAAGUCCCAGUCAGUUAAAAAAGGCAUGGAAACUAUGAAGAAGAUUUUAGAGCAAUAA